AUGAAAUUAUCUAACAUUUUUCCUCUGCUUGUUGCUCUCCUCUUUAUAUCUCAGGAACAAAAUGCUAUUCUUUCAUUAAAUGCAUCUGGUUCUCCUGGCUACUAUCAAGAUGGUGAUUUUAUUAUUGGGGGACUCUUUUCCCUAAGAGUGACUGAUGGAGAUACAAGAAGCACAUUUGGAUUUCAAGAUACAUUUUAUUUGCCACCUUAUGUACAUGUGGAAUUUACUAAGCAUUAUCAGCAUCUACUGGCCAUGAUUUUUGCUGUGGAAGAGAUCAAUAAGAACUUGAAUUUGUUAUUCAACAUGCCCCUGGGAUUCUACCUCUUCAGUGUUGACUACAUUGAGAUGAAAGCCAUGGAGAGUUCUUUGUCUUUGCUUUCAGGACAGAGCCCUCCUGUUCCCAGUUACAACUGUAGGCCUGAGAAGGGAGACAAGCUGGUGGCUGUGAUAGGAGGCAUUUCAACAGCAAUAUCAACUCAGAUUUCCCGAGUAUUAAGUCUCUACAGUGUUCCACAGAUGCUGCAUUUUGGCUGGGUCUGGGUUGGUCUUGUGGUUCCAGAUGACAUCAGGGGAGAAAUGUUUCUCCAGGACAUGACACAAGAGAUGAACAACAAUGGACUGUGUAUCUCAUUUGCAGAAAGGAUUUCAGAGUUUCCUGUUAAGGAUACAGUUAACAGGCAACUCUUUAUUGAAAGACUUACAACUACAAACGUCAAUAUUGCCUUUGGUGACAUGUACUCUCUUCUCAGAUUUGUAUAUAACAUCUAUUGCAGCACUCCAUUUGGUAAUAUCUGGGUCACAACUUCUGACUGGGGUGUAACUACAUUGCCCUUUGAACAAAGUCUAAGUUACACAUACUUUGGUGGAGGAUUAUCUUUUUCUUUCCACAAGGAAGAGAUUCCUGGUUUUAAAGAUUUUCUUAGAACUGUUCAGCCUGCAAAAUACCCUCAUGAUAUCUUUAUCCAGGAUGUGUCCACAUUAUUUGAAUGUCCGUAUUUGGAUCAGCAUGGAAUCAAGACACUGGGUCGAUGUGAACAAAAUGGUACCCUGGAAACUCGGACUCUGCAUGUUUGGGAUAUGAGUACUUUACCCCAGAGCUACAAUGUUUAUGCUGCUGUGUAUGUCAUUGCCCAGGCACUUCACAAAGUGCUCUCACUCACGGUGGAAGACGAAUCACUUGACAAAGAUGCAUAUGUGACUCCUCAUCCAUGGCACCUCCAUCCUUUCUUGCAAAAAUCCCAACUUGAAAGAAGUAGUGGUAAGCAGAAAAUUUCCAGUGAGAGAAUUUCAAAGACCAAGCUUGACAUCUUUAAUUAUCAACCCUUCCUGAAUGGUACUAAAGCUCAAGUGAAAGUUGGAGAGUUCAUCUUUGAAUCCCACAAGGCUCCACGUUUUUCCUUAAAUGAUCAACUGAUAAUGUGGGGUGAACACCACAUUGAGACUCCCUUUGCUAUUUGCAGCCCAAGUUGCCAACUUGGAUUCAGAAAAACUGCUCUGGAAGGAAAAUCAUUCUGUUGCUUUGACUGUAUUCCCUGCCCCAAUGGGGAGAUUGCAAAUAAAAUGGAUAUGGAUCAGUGUGUCAAGUGUCCAGAAGACCAGUAUCCAAAUAUGCAGAGAAAUCAGUGUCUCCCCAAAGUUAUGAUAUUUUUGUCUCAUGAAGAUACCCUGGGAGCUGUUUUGGGCUGUGUGGCCAUUAGCUUAUCUGUCCUCACGGCUCUGAUUUUAGGCCUUUUUAUCCGAUACCGUACACCCAUUGUGAGAGCCAACAACAGGAACCUCAAUUAUAUUCUCAUUUCCUUAAUCUUCUGCUUCUCUUGUUCCCUGAUGUUUAUUGGUCUGCCAAGCCCAUUUACUUGUAUUCUGAGACAAACAUUCUUUGGAGUUGUAUUUGCUAUAGCUGUUUCUGCUGUUUUAGCAAAGACAUUCAUUGUGGUUGUGGCCUUCAAAUCUAUCAAGCCAGGAAACUCAAUGCAAAUGUGGAUGGUAACCCGAUUUUCCAAUGCUGUAGUCUGCAGUUGUUCGCUCAUCCAAGUAUGCAUCUGCACAGUCUGGCUAGGAACCUCUCCCCCUUUUCCUGACACUGACACACACUCAGAGUUUGGUCAAAUCAUACUUCAGUGUAACGAGGGGUCCACUGUUGCUUUCUACUGUGUUCUGGGUUAUUUAGGAUUUCUGGCACUUCUGGUUCUUGCUUUUCUGGCCAGGAGACUAGCAGACAGUUUCAACGAGGCCAAAAUGAUCACAUUUAGCAUGCUAGUUUUCGGCAGUGUGUGGAUUUCUUUCAUACCUACCUACCUGAGCACCAAAGGAAAAACCAUGGUGGCUCUGGAAAUUUUUGCAAUCCUGUCUUCCAGUGCUGGAUUAUUGGGUUGUAUAUUUCUUCCCAAGUGUUAUGUGAUUCUUCUGAGAUCAGAUAACAAUUCAAGGAAAAACUUACUUGAACCAGUUCUUUCCAUCAGAAGAGGAAUUAAAGUUUAA